GUCAUAUGUUCGCGACGUCUGCAUGUUACGCUAACGAAGAGUGCAAAACUUGUAGAGGAUUUAUUUUCGUAAAAGUGUUUUAGUGUAAAGGAGGAGAAAUGUCUUUAUAUGAUGAUUUGGGGGUCGCAACGAGCGACGCUAAAACAGAAGGAUGGUCCAAAAACUUUAAACUGCUUCAGUCUCAACUGAAAGUAAAGAAAGCUGCACUGACACAAGCAAAGACCCAGAGGACGAGACAGUCCAAUGUUCUUGCUCCAGUUAUUGAUCUGAAGAGGGGAGGUGGAGGGGAUGACAGACAGAUCUCUGAUACUCCUCCGCACGUUGCUGCAGGGAUGAAGGACUCGUCGUCAGGAGGGUUUUCAUCAGGAGAUGUGCUGAUUCCCUUGGCUGACGAAUAUGAUCCCAUGUUUCCCAAUGACUAUGAGAAAGUGCUGAAGAGACACAGAGAGGAACGACAAAAACUGAGAGAACAAGAGCGACAGAAGGAGAUUGAGGAGCGAGAGAAGAAACGUAAGGAGAGGCAUGAAGGGGGAGGAGGAGGUGGAGGUGGAGCUCCAAGUGGAUUCUCACGCUUCCCAACAGAAGGCGAAUCAGACGAGGAGGAGGACUAUGAUAGAGAAAAGAGGAAGAGGACUGCAGGUGGAGCUGCCAUCGCCCCUCCAACAUCACUGGUGGAGCGAGACUCAUCAUUUUCAUAUGAUGAAGACGGUCGGCAGAGGACUAAAGCUGCAAUCCCUCCUCCUGUGUUUGAGGACUCUGAUAGACCACGAUCUCCUCCUGGACCAGCCAAUUCAUUCCUGGCCAACAUGGGUGGAACAGUGGCUCAUAAAAUCAUGCAGAAGUAUGGUUUUCGGGAAGGACAGGGCCUGGGGAAACACGAGCAAGGCUUGAGCACAGCGCUUUCAGUGGAGAAAACCAGCAAACGUGGAGGGAAGAUUAUUAUUGGAGACUCAACGGAAAAAACAUCAGGACCCAGUCAGAAUGUUGCUGAUCCACAUGGCUCUAAUUCAGCAGAUGCUUCAAAGAAAAACGAAACCAACCCGCUCACAGAGAUCCUCAAAUGUCCUACAAAGGUGGUGUUGCUACGGAACAUGGUUGGAAGAGGAGAGGUGGAUGAAGACCUGGAAGCUGAGACUAAAGAAGAGUGUGAAAAAUAUGGCAAAGUCAUCCGAUGUGUUAUUUUUGAGAUCUCAGGAGUUACUGAUGAUGAAGCUGUCCGCAUUUUUCUGGAGUUUGAGCGAGUGGAAUCUGCCAUUAAAGCUGUGGUGGAUCUGAAUGGACGGUAUUUUGGAGGUCGUGUGGUGAAGGCCUGUUUUUAUAACUUGGAUAGGUUUCGUGUUUUAGACCUGGGAGAUCAGGUGUGAGUAGGAGAGCUGAACAACCAGGAAAGAGUAAACAAGAAGUCGCUCGUCUUUCUGUAUAUAGCAUGAGUAAUUUUAUACACGCUAGUAAAUCAUUACCUUACCGCAAUGUGUUUUGUUAUGAGGAUCAACUUUGGUCUUUUGUGAAUUUCUUUUAGUGUCUCUCUCUUACGUCACUGUUAAAAAUAGCCUUUUGUCUUUGUGAAUAAGAUGUGAUAAAGAAGCUAGAAUUAAAACCCCUUUAGGGAGAAUAAUGUUUAAGAUUGG